AUGCUAGGUAGCGAGCAUCCUCAAGAGUCUGGAGAUGCAACUCCAGACUCAGGUCGCUCAUCUUUUUCAAACACAAGAGAAUAUUCAACGCCGGCGACCGGAGCACAAACUCCAGACCCUCUAUUUGGUAAUUCGAAUGUGUUUGAUAAGGGCGCUGUGCAUACCACAAAGGCUAUUACAAGCAUCAUUCAGACUACCGAAGAUGGACACGAGCUUUCGCCCAUCGGUAACAGACUGACCAACCGAAAGCACUCUGUAUCGGCUUCGGUAUGCCGGGAAGCCGAUGAGGCGGCAUCGCCGCCCCGAAAGAGGCAGGGUGUCCCACCUGAGCUAUCAAGCUUCUCAGCCGAACUCGUCCUGGUGAUGGUUUGUUCAGCGGGUCUGAUGCUCUUUUCUUUCCUGCUCGGAGAUAUGCUUGCUCCGCAGGAACAGUUGAAAGCCGCGCUCGGCAUCACGAACACGCAGCUUCCGUGGGUUGUGGGCGCUUUUAACUGUGCAAAUGGUCUUUCUGUGGUCAUUUCUGGAUCUCUAUCUGACUUGGCACCUCCGAAAAGCCUCAUUGUGGGCGCGUUCGCAUGGCUGGGUGUCUGGAACAUUAUCGGCGCUUUCUCACUGACUCCGUCGCGGUACAUCCUUUUCUUUAUCACGCGGGCAAUGCAGGGGCUCGCGAUCGGCGUUCUUGUAUCGGGUAGCAUGAGUAUCCUUGGUCGGGUAUACAAGCCGGGCAUUCGCAAGAACCGCGUCUUCUCCGCCAUGGCUGCGUGCGCUCCAUUCGGGUUCUCGCUCGGCUGUCUCCAAGGAGGCGGCCUCUACCAGCAUCUCGAGUGGAUCUUUGGAACGAAUGCUAUUAUCUGUGCUAUAUGCUGCGUGGCCGCUUACUUCAGCAUCCCACCUCUGCGACCCGUGGCUGAUAUCGCUGGCGCCGAGGCGCCUUCCCUGCGACAUUUCGAUUAUAUUGGAGGAGCUUGCGCUGCGGGCGGAUGUGUCUGCUUACUUUUCGGCCUUACCCAGGGGCCCGUCGCCUCAUGGUCUCCUUACACGUAUGUCCUGAUCAUUGUCGGAUUGCUCCUUCUCGUCGGGCUCUUCUUUGCCGAGCAGGCAGCCAUCCGGCCUCUCAUUCCAAACCGACUCUGGCGGACACCUGGAUUCACACCUCUUAUGAUUGCCUACUUCCUGGGCUUUGGCUCGUUCUUCGGAGCCUGGCAAUUUUAUGCGAUACAGUUUUGGUUGCGAAUUCAACUCGCCAGCCCGAUUGACAUCGCGCUAUACCAUAUCCCUAACGCCGUGGUAGGCGUGUUUGCAACGUGGAUAGUGAGCAGAACCCUUCACAUCGUCCCUGGUCACUAUAUCUAUACUGUGUCUAUGUUGGCCUUCACUCUCGGCCCUGCCUUUUUCCUUCCGCAGACCGCCGACACAAUGUACUGGAAGCUUUCCUUCCCCGGAGUUGCGCUGGUGACAUUCGGGCCCGACCUUGCGUUUGCUGCUGCUUCGAUUUUCAUUACAAGCAAUGUGGCUAGGUCAUACCAAGGAAGUGCGGGUAGUCUGCUCGUCACUAACCAGAACCUGUCAUCUGCGAUCAUGACCAGCAUCGCUGAUGCUAUUGGUACUCGCGUCGAUACUGGCCCUGAUGGCGAGAUUGGAUUGAAGGGAUUGCACGCCAUCUGGUGGUUUGCGCUGGGGGCUCAGUUGACUGCUGCACUGGUGACGGUGAUCUGGGUUAGGAUUCCCAAAGAGGAGGAGAAGGAGCAUGUCACCUAA